AUAUAUCCGCAAUAUUGUACACAUGACACGUUGUUUGUGCAUUAAAACAUUACUGCACGUAUUGCCUUGAUGUGUAAAAAUUCUAAUUUCGGCCAUUAAGGUUUUAUUUUGUAAGCCCCGCCGCCGUUUUGAAAAAAGAGGCGGUGGUUAUGAAAACAUGCGCACGUUCAUCGGAACCCAUCUGGGCACAUGAGACUGAACAAAAAAAUUAACAACUUGUAUUGGAAUAAUAGGUAACAUUGUGCCGUUUUCUUCAAAUCCAUAUAUCGACGAAAGUGUGCUGCAGUUUAAAUCGUGCAGCCAAGACCUUAGACUGACGUUUGGCAUCAGAUUGCUGAAAUGAAAUCCAAGAAGAAGAAGAGACAGGAUGACUUCCAAAAGGUCAAGUUAAAGGUGGGAAAGAAGAAGCCUCGAGCUGACAACGCCACCAAUACAAACUUCCGCACAAAGGGUAUAAAACUACCUGAGCAGCUGAAGACAGACACCAGUGGUCCCACCACUCACAGACAGCUUGGCAUCAAUGACCUGUUGUCCCAGCUUCACCAUUACAAUGCCAAUGUGAAACACAGUGCCUUGUUGGGUUUGAGAGAGCUGCUGUUGGUGAAUCCUUCUCUGUUAGAGCAGUAUCUCUCACGUUUGCUCUCAGAGGUGGCUGCUGUGUUCACAGACAAGGAUGGAAAUGUUCGUGUGGCAGCCACACGCGUGCUCAGGUAUAUUGCCCAGUCUGUGCCUGCGGAACGAGUGGCUCCGUUUUUCCCCCUCCUCAGUGCCCACCUGUGUUGUGCGAUGACUCACAUUGAGUUGGGCAUCCAAGAAGACGCCAUGAAAGUCUUGGACGUGCUGCUGGAGCACUACCCAUCCCUGCUUGCGGCACGGCCAGCCGUCCUCCUCACCAACUUCCUGGAGUUAAUCUCUCACAGACAGAACAGCGGAGGAGCUAAAAAGGACCAGGAUCCCAAGGGACGCACAUGGGCCCUCUCUGUCAACCCCAGCAGAACUGUGACGAGUCAGCAGUGGCGCCUCUCUGUACUGCUCAGGCUGGGACGUUUUCUUCAAGCAGUCGUUGAGGAAAGACCAGUGGAGGAUUGUGACAUGUCUGUCCCAGCUGAGGGACUUUUUGGUUUGAGUGGUGAGAGCAGGAUUACACCUCUGAAUCUUAUUUGGGGAGAGCUCGGGAAUAACAAGAUUGAAAUUAAGGUGUAUGAGCAUUCUGGGAGUAAACCAACGCCACAUUCAACUUUCAAACUCAGACCAGAGUCCGAACAUGGAGGAGAUGCAGGUGAAGGUUUGAACUCGGCUGAUGCUGUCCAGAGCUUCGCAGCCACAUUGGUCCCUCUCCUGCUGGAAGUAUGGGUGGAGGCCAACGCCAGCGAUUCUCCGUGCAACAACUCUGAGGGGGGUCACCUGCUAAGGCCAGACGCCAUGUCCGUAAUGUUCCAGGUCUUGUCUAUUUUGCAACUGCUCCGCAAACUGGCACCACAGCAGGAGCAUCAAGAUGCACUGGAUGCAUGGUUCCGUAAAGAAUACUUGGGAGAUUUCAAGCAGUACUUCAUGAAAAACUUUCCCUACAGCCUUCAGGACACGCCCAAACACAAAAAGAAGGUUAAUCUCAAAAGGGGUAACCAGACUGCGGCGGCCCCUGAUGUGACUGUGGAUUCUCUGGCGUUGAACAUCACACUUUGCCAGGUGAUGGUGUCUCUCGGUCAGAGGCAGGGAGUCGGCCGAGAGGCGGACGGUGGCUGGCUGACACCUCUGAGGACGUUCGUCCGAGACACUCUCGGCGGCGACGUGAAGCUCAGCUACAGGCAGCUGCACAUGCUGCUCGGGACCGUGUGGAAAAUGGUGCUCACACAAAAGAGCAAAACAGUGACAGAGGACCUGUUUGCAGCAGCGUAUUCAUACUACCAACAGAGGCACUUAACACUACAGACCAGAUCUCUUCUGCUGUCUUUCUACAGCAAGAUCUACCUACAUGAGCAAGGACAUUCACAUGUUGCCAGGAGUAAGGUGCUGGGUCAGUGGCUGGCGUCACUUCCUGUUCAGUUGUCCCAGCUGGGCCACCGGAAUCCUGGUCUUUCCGCUUUGCUUAUCCAGUCCAUCCAGGCUGCGGCCUCCAGGGGAAACAAAGAUUUGCUCAACAGUCUGCAGACACAUGCCUGCACGCUCUACGAUCCACAGGAAGGCGCUGUGGUUCUUCUGCCAGCAGAGUCCCAGCAACGACUGGUGCAGCUGCUCUACUUCCUGCCCAAGAUGUCCUGCCCUCUUCUGGCCAAUCUGAGCAGCUGCUGCACCGCUGGACGAAUCUCCGCUGGUCUUGCAGGCUCUCUGAUUCGUAUUAUACACAUGAGGUCGUCUCUGAGUGGCUGGUCAAUGGGGAGCCAGGAAGUGGCUCUACAGGACGUAGACUACAUCAGCUUCCUGUUCUCCACCCUGACGGGCUUCUCGUGCGACCAGCUGUCCCGCCUGGAGGGGGCCCGUGACGCCAGAGCUCCUGCCUCCCCUCUGUCGCCCCUAAAGCUUCACCGCAUCCCACUGGAGCAGUUCACGCACCACUGGGACGUGGCCGAGGAGGUGUGUCACCGUCUGGAAACUCUGGGUUCGAAGUCUCAGUGCUUUGAGAUCCUACAAAAUGGCAUCUACGAGUACCUGACAAAGCUGAGGGUGGUGCCUGACAGCAUGGCAGCCAGCCUGCUCAGAGCUGUUUCCAAACUAAUGGACCUGUCGCUGCUUCCCAUUGAACCGGUGCUGCGCUUCCUGUCGCGGUGCUGCCUCAGCCUGCUGACUCUGCUGGUCACCGAGCGGCAGGAGGAGGCGCCUGACAACAGCCACCACAAAAGGGAGGCCAUUUGGGUGGCGUGCGUGACGGCACUGAGCACCGUGCCCCGCCUGCUGAGGAUGGUUUUGCAGCUGCGUGUGGGGGAUUUGAGUGAAGGCGAGCUGCCGCAGCUGGGACAGAUAUUGACCAUGCUUCUGCAGCACACGCCGCUGACCAACCAGCUGAUGGCCAACACCACUCUACUGCAAGAAAUGAUACAACACCUCACGAGGUACUCCCGCGGCACGACCAGGGAGCAAUGGCUGACCGACCUGCUCUACUGUUACAGCGUCACCGUGGCCCACGGCACGUCGGCGCACCGGGGCAACCUUCGAGACAUCUACUGAUCGCACGCAAGACAAACACAAUCAACAAACAUGCGACACACACACACACACACACACACACACACAAAAACACUUCUACAGACCUCAACGGCAACUGUGCUUUGGACAAGAGACAGUGGAACCAUGUUUGUCUUUUUUAUUGUGGCAAUAAAUAAACGCUUGUUUUAAGAGCCAUGCUUUGAAAUGUAGAAAUGUUGAUUGUUGGGUACAAAAAUGAAAAAAAAUAAAAGCAAUGACACGCA